AUGAGACGUUCAUCUUGCUCUACUACUAGUAUUUGUGCCUGUGGUUGCGCCAGUUGUUGUUGGAAGCUUCAGCAAGUGGUGGUGGCACUGGUGCUGUUUGCCCUCAUUUUCUUCUCUGAAUUUACAGACUUUGAAAAUGCCCAAGACGCCGCUGCGAACGGCCAAAAGAAGGGUCACAAUCACAAUACGGUUCAUCAAGUAACGUCAACCACAAAGAAGAAGAAGACUCACCACGAAAAGAAGAAAAAGCAGCCACAGCCUACCAAUUCACCGCCAGUUGGAGAAAAAGUCCCAUCCUCAGAAUCCAACAAUAAUAAUGAGCAGACUCCAGUUCCCACAACUGAACCUACAAGACUCCCCACAUCUGCAUCUCUACCGACGAGCUUGAGACCAUCUGCUUCACCUUCGUCUAGUCCAAGCAGUGAACCUUCAUCUUAUCCUACGGCAAAGCUGAAAGAAAAAGCUAUCAUGACCAUGGAACCUUCUGAUUCCCCCACAUCCCAACCUUCCUUGUCUCCUAGUAGCACCUCACACGACGUAGUACUACCCAUGGUCAUGCCAACAGCCCCCAAAUCUACUAUUGCUACAGCUGCUACUACUACUACCAAUAUUAUUGUGGAUGACGACUUUAUUCGGAACUGCGUGAUCCAGCAACAAAAACACAAACCCAAGCCAUUUCCCGUGGUCGAUCCACCCAAUUAUCGCCUUGCCGAUUGUGUACAAAAAUGUCGCAAAUGUCCUACAACCGCAAGUGCUGACAACAAAAACAAUAACAACAAUAACAAUACCAUGGCAUGCUACUAUGCAUCAUUGGCGUGUCCCAAAAAGAAGAAACCCAAAACCAAAACCAAUUGGACAUCCUUGUUUUUGCAAGAUAUUUUUCCACAAUUUGAAACGCAACCGGGAUUUCACAAACCUCCAUCGGAUGCACUGGUCCUCCAUUUGCAAUUGGGAGCCAUUAUUGAAAAAUCCAACGACGACGUGCUUUCCUUGCUACUCCAUGGUAACAACAACAUUCCAAGUGUAUACGACCUUGUGGCAGAUAUACAACGCGCCAACACAACAGCUGAGUUUAUUAUUUACGUCGUGGGGCGUGUCCGGUGGCGGAGUCAAUACAAAAAGUCACGCGUCUAUGCCAAUUGUCUCGUACAGAGUUUGCAAAACACACAAAAAUUUGCUACAACACCACCACAUGUCGUGGUAUCAACAUUGGACGAUCCCACCACGGCCGAUCAGGAUUUGUAUUUCAUGGCACACGCAUCGACACUAUUAAUACCGUCGGCGGGAGGGUAUUCCACAUUGGCCGCACGAUUGGUACAACAAUUGGGUGGGACCGUCAUUGAACGAACGUCGUUGUGA